AGUAUGGGAAGAAGUCAAAGAAAAUGGAAACAAAAACACGUCAAAGAGCUCAAACACCACAGCAGGUGGUGGCACGAUACAAAAAAAUUCUUCGACACUUCAGUAGAGGAGGGACAAUGUCAGCGGCUUUCAAGCAUGUUGGGGUGGACCGGAACACAGUCGUGGUCAAUGCUCCAAUCGCAGAGCUGUACAUCAUUGCACCUAGCAAAUUUAAAGAACUCCUUAAAAACCCCAGCAGUCAGGUUAAACUUAGUGUGUUUGCCACAGAAUGUGCCGCUGCAAUUCAAGAGGAUCCAGCUAUAGAAGAUACUAUCAAAGCCUUUAAGGCAUCUGGGAAGCUGCUGCCCCUUAAACAAAAAUGAACUGACCUAGGAUCUGGGGAAGGUUUCACAGUCAAUCAGACUAAAGUUGUUCACGAUCUGCAUUGCUGUUUUCAAAUGUUUUAAAGUUUGUACUGAGGUAGUUACUCUGUGAAAUAUUUUUAUAUAUUGUUAUUGUUGUUUAAUUUUAACAACAAGUAGUAUUUUUGCACUGGUAAAUUGUUUUUUACACUACAGAAAUGUAUAUAUAUUUUUUAUAUAUGAGACUGCAGUGUCCUAGUUUAAUUUUACUGCACUUUAUGUUUU